CUGAGACAGAUCUCUGGAGAGGGGCACCGACGGGGCAUUUCUGCCACACGUACGCGUUGCGAACGUGCAGUUGAGGCUGCUUUUCGCACGCGAACGACUUUGCACCUGUCACUGCUGAACUUCAUCUGCUCCUUCUCUGCCCGCUCACUCAGCUUGGUGAGACCUUUCUGCAGCUCCUUUCCAUCCGCUCGGACGUGACCCCAGCGAAUAAUGUAGUGUUGCUGCGGACGUGGGGAAUCCACUGUGCACGCCCUUCUCCAGGUCAUUCAGGCACGGUGAACAGACCGAGGCCUGGCACGAGUGCCUGGGGGACCCCACCUUGCCCUUCCUCCAUCCUGCAAGGUGCCCAUUCCGCUGUACCCUUUGCGUCCUGGCUUUUAACCAGCCCGUCCCCCUCUACCGCGCAUCGGGCCACGGGCCAGCCCUCCACGUGCUGUCCUGCCUUCUUGGCGCAGACCUGUGGUCCUGCCGUGCUCCACUCCCUCCUCUGUGCCCUGCUGACCUGGUGGCUCCUGUGCCCUGCUCCCUCCACCCAGACUGACCAGUGCCAGCCACUCUGUCAGGCCCAGGCCAGGGCAGCCAGUGGGGGAAAGCAGCGGGUCUGGGGCUGCCUCAUGCGGCAUGUGCCGCAGUCCAAGCACUGCUGCAGCAGCCCCGUACGUGACUGCCGAAGCUCCCCCCACCGCCGGGUACAGGCACAGGCUGACCUGGGCGACCUUGAGGGCUGAGCAGUGGAAACAGGAUGAAAUUCAAUAGCACCAGGCGCCUGGUGAGGCACCAGGGCUGAUCGCAGCAUCUCUGCCUUGAGCUGGGGCCCGUUGCUAUGACAGGACGGGUGGGGGGAGAGGGCCAGACGUGCCGCACGGUCUCUGGGCAGCUGGGAGCCAGCAGCGCAGUGCCGCUCUGAGCAGGCCUGUGUGGUCCUGGGCGUGUGAGUGCAGGGCUCCUUCCUGGCUGUGGGCAGUGUGGGCCUCCAUCGAGCCCCUCGGCAUGUGGCUCUGGUCCCCGGCAGUCAGAGAAUGGCACGUGGGUUGGAGCAGGUUUGGGGGGUCGGGAGGGGGAGCCCGCGCUGGCACAAGAGCUGAGGGGGGACCCACAGGCUGGGCAUGAGCUGGGCUGGCACCGAGACACGGGGCUGCCCUCGGAGCCGGGAGAUCCCACCCGGUCCUGCGCUGGAGCUGGGUCAGUUUACUAGACCUCCGCCCUCCUACUCUCCCCGUGGGGCUUGUGCUGGCAGGGGCUGGCUGGAAGGCCCGAGGGCCCCGUCAGUCCUGGCUGCGUGCGAAGCCACCUGCCCAGCCUGUGGCCCCUUGCUGCACGUGCAGCUGAGCCCGGCCAGGCUGCAGGGAGCGCGGUCCUGGCACCUUCGGAGUCUGUCUGUGCCCAGUCCCCGGGGCCUGUUGGAGCCCUCCCAGCGCGGGCGGCGCCGCCCAGGGCCCCGGUGCCUGAGCAGCUGGUCUCAGGAUGGGGGAGGCUGCCUGGGCCUCCCAGUGCCCUUACCUCGGAGAGCUGCAGGGACUGGGGCUGCCUUCCCAGCAGCCGGAGACCAAGGGGGCUCCAGUCUGGUCCCGCGGGGUCUGUGCUGGGGUGCCCAGGGAGAGGAGGGUUACUGGGGCCUGGAGAGGCAGAGCCCGGGUAGGGGUCAGGGCUGGCCAGUGCAGGUAGGGCCAGCGUCUCCCUCAUUUCAUGGCUCCCUUGCUCCUGCCCCACCCAGCAGCCUGAGCUGGAUCCCAGGUGCUGCUCUGGCAGGCUGGGCACCUCGCGGGGCAGCCAGGGCUGGUGGCAGCACCAGCAGUGUGGCAGGGGCUGAGCCCGGGGCAAGGGGUGCAUGGGGUCAGGAGAAGCCUGUGACUGCUGCCGGGUGCUCAGAGGUCAUGUGUUUGGGGCAGCAAGCCCCCGGAUGCCGUGCUUGGCGGGGGUCCCAGCACUGGCCCGUCCCAGCCAUGGUCGCAUUGCUCUGUGUUCGCAGAGAGCAACCAACGAGCUGGACCAAGUGCCCAGCCCAGAGCUGGGCAGCGAGGGCAUCUUCUAUCGGCAUGGGCACCGUGGGUUGCUCACCCCGCAGCAGUGCGCCUGUCUGGCCGACAGCACCACCAUGAAGGACGCCUACCGCAGGCCCGUCCCCACGGGGCUCCCCCGGAGAGGGCAGCGUGAGGCCAUGCUGGAGCUAAUGCUGUACCACAAAUACAGGGAGGAGACGCUGAGGGAGCACUGUCCGCGCCCAGCGCCCAUGGAGUCGCUCUCCACCAUGCACCAGGACUACCGCAGGGAGGGCUUCUGCUCCGCGCCGCCACCCCCCACCCAGGUGAGCCCCUCUGCUCGGCCGCAAGCAGGGCACAGUGCCAGGGGCUGUGCCUCCAACCCCCGGGGACUGCAGGCCCCUGCCCCAGACCCAUAG